CAUCCCCAUCCAUCUAUGCGCAAAGCUUUUAACUUACAAAUAUUCAACACAGGAAAAAAAAAGAAAAAAGAGUUCAUAAUCAUCAGGCAUAUCCUAUGGCUACAACCGAGGAAACGACGGGUAAGACCGGCGGGGGGAAGCCGAUGAGCGUGGAGCAGCACAUGCUGGACAAAGGGGCUCAGAUGCUGCAAUCUUUGAAGCCCAUCAAGCACAUGAACCAGCACGUCUGCACUUUCGCUCUCUACAGCCAUGACAUGACUCGCCAAAUCGAGACUCACCAUUACGUCACCCGCCUCAACCAGGACUUCCUCCAGUGCGCCGUUUACGACUCCGACGACUCCACCGCCCGCCUCAUCGGUGUGGAGUAUAUUAUAUCUGGUGGAAUAUUUGAGAGCUUAUCUCCAGAAGAACAGAAACUAUGGCACUCCCAUGCACAUGAGAUAAAAUCAGGACUUUGGGUGAAUCCCCGGGUUCCAGAAAUGGUAGUCAGGCCCGAACUUGAAAAUCUUGCCAAGACCUACGGCAAGUUCUGGUGCACCUGGCAGACUGACAGAGGUGAUAAGCUUCCGAUGGGUCCGCCGGCGCUGAUGAUGUCGCCCCAAGAACUGGAUUUGGGGAUUGUGAAGCUGGAUCUAGUGAAAAAGAGGGAUGACAAGUACAACAUAUCAACUGACUCCCUGAAGGCUGCCAGGGCUGAACUGGCGGUGCCGGAGCCGGAGCGGAUUAAUCCAGAGGCAGAUUACUGGAAGCAGAAUGGAAAGGGGUUUGCAAUCGAGGUGGAGAGCACAGAGAUGAAGAAAAUAGCAGCAUUCCCAUAAGGAGAGACAUGGAAGCCUGACAAUGUCGUGGAGUUGAAUGGUUUGAUGAAAUUAAGAAUAUAUAUAUAUAAAAAUGUAUGUCUAUUUCGGGAGUGUGAGAAGUGGAAAGCUUUUUGUUUUUGUUAUGUUAUGUGUACGUACGUAAAUAGAUGACGGGAAAUGGUGGUGGUCAAUGGUACUCUAUGCUUCCUCACAUGUACAUAGCUUCUGCUCUCUUCUUUUCUUA